AUGGAUAAUGGCAAGGCAUCGGAUCAGAAAAGAACAGGCGCUUGCCAAGAGAAUGGUUUGAUAAAUGGAUUCAAUCCUACACAAACUGAAAACGGGAGCUGCAAUACUUUAGGUUUUAACGGAACCAGUAGCAGUGGUAGUGGAGGGUGUAGUAGUAAUAGUAGUAGUGGUGGUGGUUGUAGCCAUAAUGGAAUUGAAAAUGUCCACCAUCUUCACGAGGAUGUCUAUAAUAAUGGGUCGCCUCCAAAGCGGUGCAGACUCAGGAGAAGAAUGGAUUCUGGCAAAAAGAACCGACCGCGUAAGUAGGAUACAAUAUUGAUAGGCCCACACUGUUUCAGUUUCGAUGCUGUCAAUCAUGUCGGCUGUCUAAAAUCGGCUACUUGUGUGCAUUAUGCAAAUUAUAUGACAUUGAAACUACACAUUCGGUGAAAUCUGCCCUACACAAUUUCUAAGCAUCCUCUCAGGAAUUAAAGUCGCCUAGAUUUUCUAUGGUGCCAUCUCUAGGCUAUUUGCAUGACACAAUGAACCAGUUUGACUUUCUGCUGCAGAAUAGAAUAUCGCUUUGUUGCGAGGCUUUUCCAAGAAUAUCAAUAAGGAAGGCUAUCCGCCCAAUUCUCCCAUUGAUACUGCUUCUGUAAUGAAUAAUGGGCCUGUACGCCUAUGUGGAGAAAUACUUUAUAUUCCUGUAUCCUACUACAUUCCAUAAGGUAUUAAUGUCUAUGAGAAAUGCACAAUUUUGCAACCAAUAAGAAUCAAGCACCAUAUUCUGUAUUGUUUAUACAUGUUUUAAUCAUACUAUGCAAUUCUAAUUGUUCUUUUACACGAAUGUAACCCUCCUGGUAAUAGAGAUGUAGCCUCUAUUUCUCUCCUCCCCUUUGUUAUUGUGAGAUCUUUGAUGUUGUCUGUCGAGCCAUUUUUUCAUUGGUCGUUCCAAAGUCAUGAGGUGUGCUGAAAUCGCUGCUGAUAUGAGAGCCAGGUAAUUUCGACCAAUCAGCCGUCAGUACUUGCCUAAGGAGGUUGGCUGAAGAAACUGACAGAGUAGCCAGCCCCAUGAACAGAACAGAUCUUUCUCUGUCUCCAAUAUAACACUGUAAAACAAAUUAAUGUCACUAUGUCAGGGAAGUGUAGUCUGCCUUAUUGCUGUGAUGACAUCAUGCCACAAUUCAAUAGGACUGAGUGAUACUACUUAUAAGUCUUGGAGUGAAGAGUAUUUGACCAUAAGCACCUUGACCUGAGGAUCACAAUUAAGUUUGUUGUUAAAAAGCCAGGUACGAGUUUCUACUCUACUGUAUUUUAAAUGGCUGAAAUAUACUUAUUUGCUUACUUUAAUUUAUUCGUUUAUUUAAAUCUCCUGCUACCUCGGCAGAAUCAAAUCUAAGCAAACAAACAGCAAUUUGACUAAUUUCUUGAAUACUGCAUUGCUCUACACUUUGGCAUCUGGAACUAUUUGGCUGGUGUAGUAAGAAGCGGUCUUUAUCUGUCUUGUAUGCAUGCAACCCAGCCAUUUGAAAUUUGCUCUCUGGGCCUUGUGGUGGGGGAAUAAACAAACCUUUCACCUAUAAAUGCUGCCAGUCAUAGUCCCCUGGCUUCCAGGUUACAGCACAGGUUCUUACUACACUUCAGCAGCCAUUAGACCACCAGUCCUGAGCAUGUAUGGACCUGCUGGCUGCUCCUCGAUUGACAUGUCAGGCCUCUGUUUGGGCUGUCUGUUUGUUUGUUUUCCUACCACACUCCUCGCUUAGUCUACUGAGGAUGGGCUCGGACAUCACCUGAGAAGGAGUGGAAGUGUGGUAUUAACAGAAACAUAAGCGCUACAUUGAAAUGAUAGGAAAAGCAAUAUAGCUCAGCCAUUACUUGAGAAUGAGUGGCGGAAAAUCAAACAUUCAGUCCUCUGUAAAAUUACUGUGAAAUCAUUGCAAAGCAGGAUUUGUCUGUAGCACCACUGACUGAAGAUAUUGAAAGCAGGUGAUUAAGUCAGUGAAGAUUCCAGAGUAGACACUCACACAUUUGCUGAGAUCAAUAUAUUAAUGUUAUGUCAAGUUCCUCUAUGAUAAAUUGAUUGUCCAACCCAGAUUACACCACCAGUACACCUCUGAUAUCUUGGAUUAACCAUAUAUCAGAGGUGUAAUGGUGUUGUAAUCUGGGUAUCAUUGCAAGCCAGAACCAAAUCAACAAUUACAUCUCAAAUUUGACUAUUGUAAGCAACUCAAGCAUGUCUUUUGGUUACUGCUUUUCUGUAGCUUCACACAGAGUUGAAUGUAACCAGGCUGGUUUGUGGAAUGAGCCAUUAGGGACUAUACACCCCACUGUCAAAUGAAGUGCCGUUAAUUCAAAAGCCAGGAGGAAGGAACCAGUUUGCCUGCCGAUGUAUUGACUACAUAUUCAUUGUACUGUACACUCAAGAGUUCAUUGAGAGUUAGGCAGGAUAUCCAGGCAAUCUUUUCUCCAUGCUGGUAUUUCCAUGGCAACAAAGCCCUCAUCUUUUGUUGCAGAACAAACACACUGUUGUGAAUUUAAGACAACCCUCUUCCUCUCCCUUCUUCCCUCUCUCCAGAAAAGAGAGAAAAAUGUCACAAUGAUCUACUAAUAUGAAGACAUGAUGUGUGCAUAAUAUGCCAUAAUGCUUUUGUCUUCAGUGAAAUCAAGUUAGAAAAUGCAACAUAGGUUUGAGUAAGUUUCAGUUAGCACAGUUAAUUGGUAGGCUUAUAUAGAGCAAUAGCUUAGUUGUGACAUAGACAGAACACUAGAGUCCUCUGUUUUGAGAGCUUGUGUAUCCAUUUCUCCAAAGAGAAUUUAGCACAAUUUCAAAAGAGCUUAACAGUGCUUUUCUACGGGCAACGGUGACCAAGCUCUUCCUGAAACCUCUAACUCAUCUCUCAAAACACCUUUUGUUUUCUGUUCCAGCCUUCCCCUGGUUUGGGAUGGACAUCGGCGGCACCCUGGUGAAGCUGGUCUACUUUGAGCCCAAGGACAUCACGGCAGAGGAGGAGCAGGAGGAGGUGGAGAGCCUGAAGAGUAUCCGUCGCUACCUGACCUCCAAUGUGGCCUACAGCGACACGGGCAUCCGCGAUGUCCACCUAGAGCUGAAGAACCUGACCAUGUGCGGCCGGAAGGGCAACCUGCACUUCAUCCGCUUCCCCACCCAGGACAUGCUGGGCUUCAUCCAGAUGGGCAGAGACAAGAACUUCUCCAGCCUGCACACCACACUCUGCGCCACCGGCGGAGGGGCCUACAAGUUUGAGGAGGACUUUAGGACAGUGCGUGGUGGUUGCUAGAACGAUUGGGUGUUGUCAGCCAGGGAGAAUGACUGAAAGUGACAAACGAUGUGAAUUAAUGUCGUAUUGCAUGUUAUUACAUGUCAUUAGUCAGUUAAAUAUAUUGUGGCAUGAUCAUUACAGGCAACAUGGUUUCUCAUGUGAUUAGAUGGGAGUAGAUGUGGAUGGUUCAGGCUUGCCUGGUCUAGGUGUGUUAUAGACAGUUCAUGCUCUUGGAGGAGUUACCAUUGCAUAUCAAAACCACUCCAGUUUCUCUUUCUCUCCUAUUGUCUUAUAGAUAUUCUGUUUUCCAUCUCCCAGAUCGCCAACCUAGAGCUACAGAAGCUAGAUGAACUGGACUGUCUUAUCCAGGGGCUUCUCUAUGUGGACUCAGUGGGGUUCAAUGGCCAUCCAGAGUGCUACUUUUUCGAGAACCCCUCUGACCCCGAGAGUGAGAACUGUGUCAAGAGAACGUGUUGCCUUGACAACCCCUUCCCCAUGUUGUUGGUAAACAUUGGCUCAGGGGUCAGCAUCCUGGCAGUCUAUUCGAAGGACAACUACAAACGGGUCACAGGCACCAGGUAAAUAAAUGUAAUCUGUUGCUGUUUUAGUGUAGGCAAACAGAGAUAAUCCUGUGUCACUCCACGUCAUGAUAGCUGUAUUUAUUUGAUCUGUCAUUGGCAACACAGUUCUGUCAUUGCUCGCAUCCAUCUGUAUUCGAUGUAGUCUUGUUUUGAGACUAGAUAAUAGUUAUCAUGGUAACUAAUUAAUAACUUCUUAGUCAAAUACAACUUUCUCACUGGGCAAAAACAGGUUUUAUCAAUGUUGUUUCCACAUAAUUUCAACAAACAAAAAAUACAAUGUGAUAAAAGAAAAAAGUCAUCAACGUAAGGGAAUUUCGUAUUUUUUUCACCAAACGUAUAACCUAAAUCCAAUGACAUGGUGACAUUUUUUGUUGAAUUCACGUUAGUUGACAACUCGAUCAAAUGUAAACCAAAACUAGACGUUGAAAUUAUGUCUGUGCCCAGUGGGUUGUUUCCUGCAAGCUAAACAGUGGUACAACCCAUAGAGUAGUAGGUCACAUAAUUGCCUGUCCUCCACAGUUUGGGAGGUGGUACUUUCCUAGGCCUGUGCUGCUUGCUGACUGGCUGCGAGACGUUCGAGGAGGCCCUGGAAAUGGCAGCGAAGGGGGACAGCAGCAACGUGGACAAACUGGUGAAGGACAUCUACGGAGGAGACUAUGAACGCUUCGGUCUCCAGGGGUCUGCAGUUGCAUCUAGGUGAGGUCUAAGUUAGCUGAUACAUGACACAUGUUGUAACCUCAAGACUUCCAGUAACAGUAUGCUUUGAAUACUGAGUAUUAUGGAAACUAACCCAGUGAAUAAUUAAUUGCAGUUUUGGUCAUAUGAUGAGCAAGGAGAAGCGUGACAGCAUCAGUAAGGAGGACCUAGCCCGAGCCACUCUCGUCACCAUCACCAACAACAUUGGUUCUAUUGCUCGUAUGUGUGCGGUGAAUGAGGUACAAAGUAGAUGUAUUUACUUCUGUUUCAGUGGAAGUCUUACUUUGAUGAGACAUUCUAACCUGUGUUAAUUUCGUCAACAAUAACUCUGACUAAAAAUACUGGUCGACAACCUAUUUUUCCUGACUAAAACUAUGACGAUAAUGAGAUGCCCUGAAAAAACCCAGAUAAAUAUUACAAAUUGCUUUUCAUUUUAGUCUACGGAAAUGUGAUGAGAUGAGAAUUCCACAUGAGACUAAUUAACAUUUAAUUUGACAUGAAGCAUACAUGCACGCAGAGUAUUUCAUGCUAUCCUCUCAUUGGGCUCCCGAGUGGCGCAGCGGUCUAAGGCACUGCAUCUCAGUGCUUGAGGCGUCACUACAGACCCCCUGGUUUGAUUCCAGGCUGUAUCACAACCAGCCGUGAUUGGGAGUCCCAUAGGGCGGCACACAAUUGGCCCAGGGUCGUCCGGGUUUGGCCGGUGUAGGCCGUCAUUGUAAAUAAGAUUUUUUUCUUAACUGACUUGCCUAGUUAAAUAAAGGUAAAAUAAAAGAAAAAAAUGGCAGAAUUAACAUCUUUCAGUUGCACGGUCUGAUUGAGCUGAUCUGCCCGGCUUUCCCACACAGUUCCCACAGUCACUCGUCUUUUGAACUGAUGCUAAGCCAGGACACUUGACAUGUAACUAACCUCAACUAGAAACAAUAAUGUUUACUCUCUCUCGUACUUUCAUGUAGGCUAUUUUUGGUUUGAUCACAUCAGAAGCUCUAUUUUCCCAUGUGCGCAGUUAUUCAUUAAUCUGUGCUGCCGCUCUCACGCUGCGGUGUGCGAGUUGCGGUUGCUUUUACCCUAUGGGAAAAACAAAUGCUAUUUGUUGGAUAUUAGGAGUAAGGUAAUACUGCUAGCAUUUUUGGAAAGUUCAAAUUCUCCUAUUUUCAAGGAAACCACUGUUAUUUACCCCCCUUGACGAUUAUGAUGGCGAGAAAAUUAGAGCUCUAAAUUGAUUAAGCUGUAUCCAAGGCUUUAUAGCCUACAUGGUUAAUUAUGGCUGGCAUUGGUUACAAUCUGCCACAAUAUCAAUGUAGCCAGCUAAGGUAUACAUGGGGAUAGUAGGCCUAGUUGGACAAGCCUAUCUGAAUGGGACAUGAUGGAAGUUAGAGGGAGGCUAAAUAUUUAUUAUUUAAUAGUCUAGUUUUAGUCGACUGAUAAUAACUAAAACUAACGAAGGAUGAAAUGACUAAAAUGUGACUAAGACUAAAAGGUAUUUUAAGACUAAAGCUAAGACUAAAACUAAAUCUAAAAUAGCUGCCAAAUUUAACACUGAUUCUAACAGUGAGCAUAUACCACACUGUGUUGUGACUGUAACAUAAGGGUAAACCUUCUCAAAGUUAUUUUCUUUCACCAUAAAACAAAGGAGUGAAGUGGAUUCAGUAGCCAAUAUGAUGGAUGAUGGGAAUGGACUCUGUGUGCUUUCAGCUUCUUUACAGUGUUGCCUUGUGGCAUGGAGAUCAAGCAGCAUUGUACAGGGCUAUCAAAGCACAUAGAACAACAACAGGAUGCUUUCUAUACAAAUAUCAAGUGGGCAAAUUAUCUUCCCCUUGAGUAACCCCAUUUUAAUGUUUUGAGCACGAGGUACACAAAUGUACAUUUGAUUCAGCUUUCUAGCUACCAAUGCAUGUAGAGUACAGUGUAUGAAUUGGGUGAAGUCUUAAAACGUCCCUGCAAAAUGGCCCGCUUUUUUUUACUUAGAAUGAGUGGUCUUGUUACUCUGUUAGCCCCGCAACUAUGUCAUUCACAGGAGUUGAGCUGUUCAUUGCUUGUCUAUUGCACAAUCUUUUUCUCCCUUGCUGCUGAGUCACUGAAGCGUGAGACAGCUCCUCCCACUGCUGUAAUGUCAGGUUCUCUCCCCUAGAUGGCAGCCAGACAUCCAUCUAUGCCACGUGUCAAACUCAUUCCACGGAGGGUCGAGUGUCUGCGGGUUUUCGCUCCUCCCUUGUACUUGAUUGAUGAAUUAAGGUUACUGAUUAGUAAGGAACUCCCCUCACCUUGUUGCCUAGGUCUUAAUUGAAAGGAAAAACUAAAGCAACAGACACUAGGUCCUCCAUGGAAUGAGUUUGACACCCCUUAUCUAUGCUAUUAGUCUGCGGGAGCCGGCCUAAGGUCUUUAAACAAAUCUUUUUUUAAAAAUAUAUCUUACUUUUAAAAUAUCUAAUUCUGUCUUGCUUUGUGAAACAGUCAUUCUUGCAAGCUCUAAGAAUUUCUGGUUUACCAAUGGUUCAAUGUUGUCUUUCAGAAAAUUGAAAGAGUGGUGUUUGUUGGGAAUUUCCUGAGAAUCAAUACAGUGUCAACGAAGCUGCUUGCGUAUGCCAUGGACUUUUGGUCCAAAGGACAAUUAAAAGCUCUCUUCUUAGAGCAUGAGGUAUGUGUUAUAUGAGGAACGUUUCUAUGCUCCGCACACUUGUUGUUUUAGUCUAAUUGUACAAUAAAAAGGGUAAACAACAGAUCAUCUGCAUUAUUUGGGUAGGUUACAAUUGGGCGCCGAGUAGGAAUAUCAAGGUUGCUGAUGAUAACCUGGUCAGAUAAAACCCGAGCCCCCUCUGUGUUUUUCAGGGUUAUUUCGGGGCCGUCGGUGCCUUCCUGGAGCUACUGAGGAUAACGGAUGACCUUUGA